AGCCCCGCCCCUGCUCGGUGUGGCUGCCCCGCGCAGCGGGCGGAGCGGACCAGGCCCAGGAGGUUCCAGUUCCAGGUGUCUGUGGAAAAGGUUACUAGACGUACCUGGAAUUUCAUUAGUUUAAUUUAAGGCGCUUGCUGGUCAGGUGAAGGCUUCACAAUCCUGAGCUGUGGAGGACUGGCUUGGUGACUGCACAUGAGCUUGGAUUAGCUCAAGAUGGCAGACCAGAGGCAACGCUCGCUGUCUACCUCUGGGGAAUCAUUAUACCACGUCCUAGGACUGGACAAGAAUGCCACUUCUGACGAUAUCAAAAAGUCAUACAGGAAACUUGCACUGAAAUAUCAUCCUGAUAAGAACCCAGAUAAUCCAGAGGCUGCAGAAAAAUUUAAAGAGAUCAACAAUGCACAUGCAAUAUUGACUGAUGCCACAAAACGAAACAUAUAUGACAAGUAUGGCUCCUUGGGUCUGUAUGUAGCGGAGCAGUUUGGAGAGGAGAAUGUGAACACAUACUUCGUCCUGUCCAGCUGGUGGGCAAAGGCACUGUUUGUGUUCUGUGGGCUCAUCACAGGCUGUUACUGCUGUUGCUGUCUGUGUUGCUGCUGUAACUGUUGCUGUGGAAAGUGUAAACCUAAACCUUCUGAAGGCGAAGAACAGGAUUUUUAUGUCUCCCCAGAAGAUUUGGAGGCGCAGUUACAGUCGGACGAAAGGGAGGCAUCAGAAACGCCUAUUGUGAUACAGCCGGCAUCAGCUACAGAGACAACCCAACUCACAGCUGACUCUCACCCCAGCUACCAUACUGAUGGAUUUAACUAAGUUAAGGAAACACUGCAAUUAGAGUGGAUCAAUAAAUACAUGGCCAACUCAACACUAGAAUCAUGAACAUUAGAAAUAGAAAACGGGGAGGGAAAAGUUCUGCCACUGUAAGAAGGCAGCUUCCAGCCUGCCGAGAAUAUUUUGUAAUCCCUUCAGCCUUUUGUCACCUUCAGUGUCGUAUCUUGAUGAUACAUGAAGUGCUGUAGCAUGCAGUAUUUAAAGCAGUUUAGUUAUGGUUUCAUUUGUUUCCUUUUCAUUUUUAUAGCAUGUAUGGAGUUUAUGUUAAAUGUCUGUGGUGUAAUGUAUUGAGGAGUUAUCACAUUCAGAGUAUGAUGGAGACGUUCUGCAUUUUAAGUAGUGGUACCAGCCUCAAAUGGGACAUUUUUUAAAAAAGAAAACAAGUUAAAUCAGUCACACAGAAGCCGCCAUGCUUCCAUACAACUGAACUAUGAAGACCUCAAAGGAUUCCUUGUUUUUUUUUAAUGUGAGUGCAACAAAAAUCUUUAGAUCUUUGGCUUUAACCCUUUCCUUCUCUCCCUGCACCUCUCUCUAAGCCAGUUUACGAUGCAAAGAACCAAAAAAUGCCAAGGCUGCAGGGCAGGAAUUGUCUUUAAUGCUGGCUUUCAGCCAAAACAAAACUGCCUUGCAGAUCCUCCCUCUUGGGUGGUUUUUAUUUUUAUUCUGCAGACAGUAUAUUGGUGAAGAGCUCCUCGUGCAUACAGAGGUGUUCUCUGAUCGCAUAGACCCUAAAUAUAGUUGUUACAAAAGCCAAAUAUGAAUGGAACAAUUUUUAGGCAUUUUGGGGUUUAAGCAGGUUUCGCUUGAAAUAAAAACAAAAACAUUCCCCCUGCAAUAUAUAAAUUGUAAUAAAAUAUUGCAGCCUUUUACUAAUGCUUGAGAAUCUUAAAGUGAAACUAAAUAGUCCAUUUUCACUGCCUGUGUGAAUGAAAUGUGGGAAGUGGGGAAGGCAUUAAUGUAGAAAACAAAUGAGAUUUAUAAAAUGGUAAUAGUCUAAGAUGCAAUGCAUAAAAAUGAAUGCCCCUAUCUGUUUUAAAAAUAUUAAAUUGGCAGUGUCCCUUUAACUCUUUCAUGAACUGUUUUGUGGACUGCUUCCAAGGCUAUUUAAGAACAAAACCCUUUAUUUUGCGUUAGUUUUGUAUAAUAGUUUGCACAUAGACUGUGUUUACUUCAGUGUUUUUCUUUUUCCUCAGGUAAUUAUUGUGGAAGCUAUUGAAAAGUUUCCUGUACUGUUUUGAAACCAAAUAAUGUUUGAAUAGUGUUUUGAAACUAUGGUUUACGUUAUCAUAAAUGAUCUUUAGGUUUGUUCAGCUGUCACAGAAAUGUUUACUCUGUAGCUGGAGUGCUGAUAUUUUGAGGGUGUAACAGGUCUCGUUUUAGAAAAUGCUGAAUGGGACAUAGGGUAGCAGCUAGUAGAUUUACACCUGGGAAUGUUUUAGCACUUGGUUACGCUCCCUUUUCUUUUCUUCUCUUAAUCCUGCCCCACUGCCUUUUUUCAUUUGCCUCUUCUCAUUCCUCUCAACCCUCUGGUGAGGCCGUGCAAAAUGACCUACAGCCAGUAUUCCCUUUGGAGCUCUUUAUUGCCACAAAGCAAAGGAGUUUCAUUUCUGCAUAGUACAAAGCACUUUUUCCCACUGUCCCUUCCAGCCUGUACAAGAAGGAACCCGCCAAAUGAGCUAGGAUCUCUUGCCAUGGCUGGGCAAAGAACGCUACAAUUGGGCUAGCCUAGGAUGGUUUCUGCGUUCAGGACAGUUGUCCCUUGUGUGACGUCCACAUACAGAAAACGUCUCUGGAAAUAUUUUUCACUCUGACCUUUGUGUACUAAAGACAAAAAGAGGUCACUUCAUCUCUGGUUCCAAAUCCUGCCCAAUAUCUUGUUGGAAAAAUGUUAACUCUCCAUGCUAAAUCUGAGGCUGUUCAAAAAGCAGGCUUCUGCUUCUUCAUAGCCACUGGCUCAUACAUACAGUGUGUAUGAGUCUGUACAGAGCCAGCGGAAGUGUGCUUUGGAGUAUUUGCAUCGUGGUGUGGUAUCAGAAAAGAAUCUGAAAUGCACUUAAUGAGUACAGCCACUGAAGUAAUUUUGCUCUCUGCCGCACUUGAUUAAAAGUUGAAAGUCUUUCACUUGUUCAUGUCAUGGGCAACCUGUGAUUUAUUGGAAGAUGCUGAUGCUUUGGUUUCAGUGUUUAGCAUUGGAGUAGGGAAAAAUAUACCUUGCAGCUGAGAGGAUCAAUCACAGUCUGGUCUUAGGUCCUCUUAUAACCAAGGCCUUUAUUUAACUUCUUGAAAUGGAGAAGUAUAUUUUUCAGAUCAAAACUAGCACUGCAAUGACCUUGUGUAAAGUCUACCUGAAACCUGUUCUUAUAGCUGUAUUCCACAUUGGAGUGCAUUAGGAUUUUACAAGCCAACUCGAUUCCCUAGACCCUUCUGGUCAAAGUUGUCUUUUAUGGUCUGUACGGGUCAGUGAAUGCUUGUAAAAAGUUAACUGUUCCUUUACCAGGCCAUGUAAAAGAGCAUAGCUGAUAGGUGUGGGCUGGUGAAAUGAUGGAAAGACUAUUUUGGCAUGGAGUAUGCUUCCAAAUACUCUUCCUUCUCUAUUUCGUGGUCUCCUGAUGUAAGGCAUUGGUUCCUUUUGAAUUGUCACUUAUUGUGAGAACCUGCAACUUAUUACUUCAGGGAGUUGAUCCGAAGAAUUUGUUUGGAGAUCCUAGACACUAUUUCUUAAUCACCAGAGCACUUCAGUUGCAUCAGUGAUGUCCUGAGGAGUUUGCAGCAUGGGGAUUAAAUGCAGGUGAGGUGUCUAGACUUGACUGCAGUCUGUUAUAAGCAACUUUUACUUCAUUCCUGGUAAACACUGUUGUAGGGAGAAACCUUUCCUACCAUCAAAUACAAAGGAGUCUUAAAAUUGUGAAAUUUAACUUGGAAAGCCAAAUUCUAUAGUUUCAUCCCAUUGUGACUUUAAAAAAAACAACGAAGUACACUACACUGUUUAAAGAAAUCAAACAAAUAACCAUUUUCUGUAGUUGAUUAUCCAGUUUAAAAUUAGUUUCUUCUUUUAAUUAUCUGCAAAGACUCAAGUUCAAGUAGUGACGGUUUCCUUUCAACACUUACUGUAGAUGGCUGUGGAACCAGUAAAUCAGCAGGUUGUACAACAAGAUUUGUCGAGCUAGUGGUGAUUAAUAUAAAGGGAACACCAAAACUUUUGAAUUUGGGACUUGAGAGGGGAGGGGAGGGACUGACUUUUCAGAUUAUUUCCAAACUGUAAAUGUUUCUAAUUAAGUCUGCCUGGGUAGUCUUCCUGAGUGGACAUGUUAAAUAUUUUUCAAGUGACUAUUAUCUUGGAGUGUCGGCCCUUCCUUUGUUUUAACGGACUUCUCAGUUUGUAUAAUAAACAGUUACACAGAGCUUCUUUAUGUGAAACUUUUUUUUAAAUGGAAAACUUGAAGGUUAGCACCACAUUUCUUAUGAGUUGACAUGGGGACUGUUUUGAAACAUCCUGAGCUCUAAAACAACUUGCACUUUAUAGUUGCAAAAUGGCCAAAUUAAACGCCAGUGAAUACAGAUAAGGUUGCGAGGUCACAGUUCCUUGGUUAAAAGUCUUAUGUACUGAGGAACUACCAGCACUUUUGAGCUUGAGUUUAUGGGACUGCAGUGUCCUCAUGAACCCAGAAAUGGCUUGGAGGGCCUGGGGGUCUCUAAAGUCUGGGAAAUGAGGGGAAUUGUCCCUGAUUUGUCUGCAAAAUGUUUCCUUCUAAGACAUUGUCCCUAAGCCUGAACAUUAUUCUUUGUUCUGUGUAUUGUCAUAAUUAAUUAAAAAAGAAAAGGAAAAAAAAGCCCAAGUUGAAUCCAUGCAAGACAGUUGUUUCUUUUCCAAGUCUCCCAAGGUCUAAGUUUAGGAAGUUUAGUAACUGUCCUAACGGAUGUAAGCAUAAGGCUUUGGUACCUGUGUAGCGUAUUUGAGGGAGCCUAGGGGAUUGGAAGGACCACUGAUGUCACUCUGAAAUAUUGUUCAAAAUCCUGACUAGCCAUAAGAUUUGUAACCAAGCAAAAGGAAGGAAAGCUUGCUGCUCCAUGGCUGAUUGCAGCCAGGCAGCCGUAUGGCAAGGUCGCCAUAGGUGUAGCUGGUGCUGGAUUUCCUGCGCCCAUCCUUUCUUCUGAUGUGGAAUUGCCCAAACCUGGGCUGGUGCAGCGAACAAUACAAGUCAAACGCUUCCCUUGAAGUGGGCCAAGGGGCAUUGCACCAGUUCUUUAAUUCCAGUUGAACUUCAUUGGUAACGUAUAUAGGAAGUUAACUACUUAUCUUGUAUAUAAAGUUGUGUAGGUAAAUGUCUUCCUGGCGUCUGUUACGUAGGUUUCUGCUAAUUCCAUGCAAUGAUGUUUUGGAGCCAUAUCAUCUUUUUUGUCUUAUUUUUAGGUUUGUAACAUUUUUAAACUGCUUUAGAUAUUAGUGCUCAUAACGUUCUUUAUAAUGUGGCACUCUGAAAUUUAUACGUACGCAGCCUGCAGUACAAAUAGAAAAACUGGCCUAGAGGGCAUUGGUGUGGUAUUAGAAGGAGUUAUUACGUAUCACAACAGUGCAAUGAUAGAGGGACUAUGCUGCUUAAACCCUGUUGUGCCAGAGUCUGUAUAAUCUACAGCCAUAAUCAGGUCAAGGUUGAAAAUUGUCCCUGUUCCAGUUAGUGUGGCUACAUUGCAUAGUGGUGGGACUCGAGCGUGCUUUUAUUGAGUAAUUGUAGUGUACGCUGGCCAUGAGCUGCCCGCUUUCCUUAACUAGUCUGUGCCCCUAGUGUAUAUCUGGUGCUCUUCACUGUUCUUGAUGUUUCCAAACAAUUUAGGAAACAAGUUUGUGCCGCAGUUUUCCCUGCUCCGUGCAACAGGAUAAAGGCUCAGUUUUUGCAAGGGAUUCUUGCUAGGUAAACUGGUUAGGCCGCUUAGCAGUUCCUGUGUCAGGCUAACAGUUCUGGAUGCUAUUUUGCUUUCAUUAAUCCUUGAGCCAGAGUACUGAAACCCUAACCCCCCAUGCAGAUUUUAAUAGCGUAAUGUCCGUAUCAACAUAACGUGCUUGAAAUACUGCUGCUUCCUGCUGUGGUGGGAAUCAUCUAGUUUGUAGUGAACCAUUGCUCCAAAAACCGCUUAUAAACCUUGAAAGAAGUACCUUUGAUAAUUUGGAAAGUUUAAUUUUGUUGACUAUUCUGGGAAGGGAAAAUGGCAGGAAAAACUUCCCAGUGUUCAAGGCCUAUGAGAAUGGAUUGCUUUACAUGCUGCAUUUGGGGAUUUUUAAAUGCUCCCUGAGUCUCUCCAAGAAUGAAGUCCCUGAUUCAUUUCAAGAAGGUGCUUUCUUUACAAGGUAAAGCUAUUAGGGCAGCUCUGUCUUGUCUGCACAGGCCAAACUCUGUAAUUUUGCAAGUUUUUUGAAAAUGAAAUGCCAUUGUUACCUGCAUAAUUAUAUAUUUUUCAAUGGGGAAAUGCUGGAGAUUGAUUGUUUGUUUAGAGAGACUUUACCCGAAGAGUCGCAUUCUCAGCAGUGAAUGGCUCUUUCCCACUCCUUUUUUCCCCACAACCAGCAAUGUGAAUGUGUCCGCGUAGUUUGUGGAUGCUUGCUUAGCGUACUUUUUUAUGUACAGCAGUGGCUUCCAAAAGACUUGAUGUCCUAUUGAACUCUGAUCAGCUCCCUGUCCCAUAAGAGACGGGGUGGAGCCAGUUUGAACUUCUACACUUUUUUUCUUAAAAUGAAGGAGAGAAAAGCCAACUGUAGCAAGGGGGGCAAGGGCCAUUCCUGGAACCAUUUCUAUUUGUAGGAGCCAGUAUGUAGGGAGAUCUUCAAUGCUAUCAAUUUACUAAUUGUUAGAGGUAUAAUGGAAUACUUCCUUCCUUCCUUCCCCCGUACUGGUUUUGACUACAUCGUACCCCAUGCAGGGGGGGACUUGGUGUAGUUCAUAAAGCAAGGUGCAAAGCCUUAUGUUCGGGAUUGCAAUAGUGUAUGUGUGCGUGCAUGUGCGUGUGCAUAUGUAUAUAUUUAUACAACAGGUAUGCACCUAGUACUAGCUGCUGGGUUGUUUUUGGUGGUCAAACAUGACAUUCGGCCCCUGCACUACUUCUCUGAGCUCUCAGCCAGACAAACCAAAGGAGUUGGUUGUGUGUGCCCAGAACUGCAACUUUUGCCUUUCAGCUGCAGGAAAAAAGAACUAGGUCUGUUGGUGAGUGACAGAGGAAGAAACAAUGGAGGGAAGCCUGUUGUAUAAAUAGAUAGGUAUUAUGUUUGAGUAGGAGAGCCACGCCACUUGCAAGGCAAAAAAAAAAGAAAUCCCCUCCAUUCAUGGGGUUCCCAAAGUCUUCCCUCCUUGCUAGAAGGAUUAGAUCUUGACUAACGAGGUGCCUUUGCACUGUCUGGGCCAGUUACCCAUUUUGGAUAUCUUACAGCCUGAAUUCCGACGGGUGGCAUGUGACUGGUGGCUUAUGAAGACACAAGGAUUGUGGCCCCCAAAUUACUUCUAGUCAGAUUGGCUAGAGAAGGCCAGCUGGCCCUGCUGGGGCCGUGCGUUCCAGAAGCUGUUGCCUACCCAACACUAAGCCCAUGUGUAGAGCACACACGGUCCUUCUCUUUGCUAAUGGCAAUCAGCACAAACUUGGAGGCCUAUAGGGGUCAAAGAGAGGCUCUUUCUUAUUAUUAUUUCAAUGUUUGAGACUUAUUUGUGUCUGUUGCUGUAGGUGAACUUUGAAAUUUGCCAAGCUCCAAACACUUGAAGCUUCCUUGUUUGGUAGAUGUGUGCCACUCAAGCUGGUUGCUGUCGUUGCAUUCAUUCCACCACAGCCCCCUUCCUCUCCCACUUUUUGGGUUGGCGGUGGGGUAUUUGGUUUGUGUUAUCACAGCCAUCCAAGGUGGUUUGUAUUUGUUUUGCAUGUGAGCAAGGCCCUGAGAUCAGGAGUUCACUAUGGGUGUUGUGAUGAGGGCCUCUGAAGCCUGUGGGAGCUGAAGUUGGAAUGAGAAUGCGUUUCGCAUUUGCACUGUUUCAUUUCUGGUUGGGCAGGGGGAAAGCCCUUGUUUUCAAACAAAGUUAGCUGUUGUAAAAACAAUCAAAGUAUAAAUGCAUCUGAAGAGCAAUUUAUAUAUAGACAUAUAUAUAUUUUGUUAUGUUACAAAAGGACCAUACUUUGAAUUGUAUGUAAGUAGAUGUGGCUGUCUGAACUUUGUGGAUUGUAACACUCGAUACUACUGAGCUCCUGUACAUACAUGUGGUUAAAGCAGAAGGAAUUAUUUUAUGUUUUAGCAUGGUAAUUUGUGUACUGUAUGUCUGAAUAUAAACUAAAAUAAAGAUUGCUAAAUUAUCUGAAACCACUGUUGUAAAAUAAAUGUUUUCAAUGCAGA